GGCUAGUGGAGGGUCGGUGGCGUGCGCUGUGUGUUCCAGUGAUGUCGGUGACGCGGCGGCUUGCACUGCUGGACCUGGACAAUGGCCGGCAAGCCUGAGCAGCGAAUCUCUCACCCAGCUCCCCCGAAUCACGUACAUCAACAGCAACAGUCACAUUAUCAACCGCAUUAUCAAUCAAAUAAUCACAACAAUCGUCGUACAAAUAUACAACACAACGAUACUCAGAAUAUACACGAGAACAGUGUGCUUGUUUAUGUACCAAGUGAUAAUUUUACAUAUACAACAACGGUAGAUCAUAAUGCCGAUGGUUUGUACCAGAGCAAUCAAUCACAACAGCAAACAAAUCAGUACCCAGGAAUUGUCCUGCCUCAGGUGGAUAAUACGGGUGCAUACAAAACUAAUUACAGUAUUGAUGGUGGAUCAAUUGGUAAUGACCUAGAGACUGACGGUGAUACGGAGAGUGAUUGUUGUCUAAAAACAAUUGACAUUAAUUGCAGUUUAACUGCUGGACAACAGUCUCAAUUAUCCCAGGAUGAUGAUGAAUUUGGUAACGGUUAUCGUAGUAAAACGAUAAAUAUCAAUGACAUUGGGGCGACUGGUUCGCCCAGUAAUACGGGAAAAAUAGAUUUGGGAAAUCUGAGUAUCGCUGGUAGUCUUGGGAGCGCUAGAAGCCCAGCCCACAGUGAUGCUGAUAGUUUGAGUGGUACUAGUGACUCAGGUGUUGUUGCAACAGCAUCGGCCACUAGAUCAGCGCUCCCAAGUAGCGCUGUUGUUGAUGAUUCUGAUGAUAAAAAUUAUUCUUCACAGUACGAGGUACACACCAAUAUCUACACAAAUUACGGUAGACAGUGUGUUGUUAAUAAUGGUGUUUAUCACGGUGUAAUUGACACUAAUCAAGUUAAUAAGCAGAGCGAUGACGGAAUUAAGUUGAACCGCAUCAGUACGGAAUUAGAACUGCAAAAUCGUAAUGCUAUUACGAAUGAGCGUGGUUGUGAUUCGGUAAGAUCUGACACGGGUGAAUCGGCUUAUAGCAGCAGUUUGAGUAGUCCUGAGUGUCAGAGUUUACAGUCGUGUGAUAAUAACGUAAACGUUGGUGUUUCUGUGCAGCAGGCUGCGCGUUUAGUGACACAAGUUAAUGUGGGUAAUAGCAACAAUGUUGCGCUGACUAUGAACGGUAGUGUGGUGCAGCAACAGCAGCAGCAGCAGCAGCUACAACAGGCGUCAAUUGCGGCACCUCGCGGGUGGAAGAGGAUAUGCACCAACGGGGUCAUCAUAUAUAUCAGUCCAAGCAGUACAGCGCUGGGUUCGCUCGAUCAGCUGAAGGAGUACCUGACAACCGCGGGCACUUGCAAGUGCGGUCUAGAGUGCCCACUUAGACCAGAACAGGUCUUCAACUUCGAUCCCAAGGUUGCAACGAGACCUUGGAGUCCGGAUCAAGGGAAGACACGAGAGAUGACAAAGCUGUGCAACCACAAGAGGAAACUUUUGUUGCCAUCAGCAGCGGCUAGUCCGGUUGCAUCUUGUACAUCAGUUGUAUCUUCCACUAUUUUACCUGCACCGGGACCACCAAUUCAUGCUAGUGCUGAUUCACCAACUUCAACUGACAAGUUGAAGAAAGAUGGCCUGAGUAAGAAGAAGAAAAGAAAGUUGAAUAGUGUGGGAAAUAUCUACUCGGGUGUAUCAGUGUCACAACUUCUUGCACAGAGAGAACGAGCAAUUGCAGUGGCGGGCUCAACGGGGGUUCAGAGUUUACCAUCGAACAACGGAUCACAGGUGUGGCCAAUAACUGCUCUGCCGAUUCAGCAGAAUAGCCAGCAGAUAGGCCAUCAAUCAUUGAGCUCCCCCUCGAAUCUCGACGUGAAUGGUUGUGUAGUGAGGAAUAACCAACAGAGACUGAAUCAACACAAUAUGACAAGUAUGCUGAUGGGUAAUCCGUUGAUAAUGAAUCAGCAGGGUACAAAUUUUAAUAACAUGAGUCAACAACAGCAGCAAAUGAUACUGCAACAGCAGCAACAGCAAGCGCAGCAACAGCAGUUGAUGCAGCAACACAUAUCGCAGUAUCAGCAGCAAAACCAGGGGCAAUCGAUUCACAAUCAGCAGAUGCAACAGAUGCAGAUUCUGCACGAACAGCAGCAGCAACAGCAGCAACAACAGCAGGAGCAGCAUCAUCAGAACGUUAUAUCGAAUCAGUUGAAUCAUCAACAGAAUUCUCAUUACGUUAAUCAGAUGAACGAUCAGUCUGUGCACACGUUGCAGCAGCAGCAGCACAUGAAUCAACAACAGAUUCAUCUGCAGCAGAUGCAGAAGCACAAUGUUCAACAGCAUCAACACAAUUCCCAGGACGCUAGUCAGCAACAAAUUACGAAUUACAAUAAUCAUCAUGGGAAUGAGAAUUUUGUUCAUCACAUGCAAAAUCCGAAUUCGGGACAGGGUCCAUUGCACCCCCAGAUGCAUCAGUUCCAUCAGCACUCCAUGCAACAUCAGCAGAAUCAGAAUCAACACAUGAUGCAAAAUCAAACGCAUGACCAGUUUCAUAUGCAGCUUCAGCAUCAGCAACAACAGUACAAUAACUCGGGUAUGAACCAUCAUGUGGAUAUUGUACAGCCGAAUGGAUCGAUAAUGCCGGGUAUGAAUUCAACGGAAUCUCAAAUUAGGCAUAAUCGAACACCUAGUAUCGGUGAGGAGGACAUCAAUACCAAGCAAAUGUCUCAGCAGAUAUCUCAGCAGCAGUUGCUAAUGCAUAAUCACGGAAUGCAGAGACAUCACGUGCAGAAUGGAAAUUUGCAGAAUAUAAAUCACGAUAAUAUGCAGAGAAUGUAUAGUCAGCACCAGGUGCAGUUCCAGAGAAGUUGUGAUCAGUCGAAGGGUGCGAAUAUGGAGAUCAAGGGACAUCAGCAGUACAUGCUGGUGAGUCAAGCUGGGAGAAGUCCGACGAGUGGAAAUAUUAUUGAAGUUCAGUCCCCUAUGGGAGCUACUGUACCUUCUGGACAGCCUAAUAAUGUCCAUUUCAACCAACGAGCCCAAAUGUGGCAGCAAAACCGUACCAUCCAGCCUUCUCACCAAUCACCCCCAGUAUCAGUCCAGAACAUCACGUGCAACACCAUGGAUCGAGUACCUCCUCUUCAUCAUCACAUUCCUCCAACUCCAACUUGGCCGGAUGAAGUGGCCAGGAAGAAGGCGAAGCCCAGUAAAUCCAUGGCCAAAAAACAGAGACAUCACAUAGCAGAAAUUAGAAGCAACAACGUCGAACAAUCUAGCCCUAGUCCGAGGGAUGACUUUGACAAAUCCCAAUCGAAUAAUCAGAUUGGCUCAACAGUCAGUAAUUCGCCAAGCUUCCUGGAGGAUCCCAGUGGUUACCUAGCUCAACAGACUGCUCUGCUAAACAGCACGAUAUCCAGGCAAACUGGAGUCAGCAGUUCGCAGAUGAUGAUGAGCACUCCAAAACUCGUGCAGACUAACCACCCAACGAAUCCCUCAAGUUAUCUUCCACAACAGAAGCCUUCCUCAGCAACGAGUCCCACCAGUUCGUCAAUAAACUCAGUGAAGAAUCACGCGACAUCACCUGUGGUCGUCCACAGCAGUAUGACUCCAACGUCAGUUGGUAGCAAUACCAAUGACUCCGACAACAAUUCAUGCCAGGGCUGUGUGACCAGUGGUGAUACUCAGUACGUGCAGGACCAGUAUAAACAGCAGAUGCAUCGUCAGUACCUGCUGCACACGGAUCAAGACCCAGUGACGUCGUCUACCUUCAAUGAAAGAUUCUCGAUGAACCAGCAAAUGGACUCGAGACCGAUCCAAGGUGGAACCAUCAGCACAAGUCACGGAUCACCAAUCGGCACAAAUAGUCCAGCGAACUCUGACACUCCUUCCUCGUCAGCAUCCGGGAUCUCCCAGCCUGCAACACCUCAAAGUCUCAUUUCAUCACAACCAUCGACCCCUCACAGUUACUCUCAACCCCCAACCCCCCAUUCAAAUCAAGUUCCUCCGCAAUCAUUGACACCAGUCAGCCAACAACCAUCCCAGUCUUCAGUCAAUCAAAAUCAAGAACAACCGCUCUCCAUAACUUCAGCAUCGAGUACUUUAUCGCCGAGUACGUCUCCCCAAAGGACGAUCCCCUCCGAAAAUCCUUCACCCCCAUUGUCAAAAAAGUCUGCAGCACGACAACAAACACCCGAGGGCUAUCAACCCCACCCUCACACCAUUGCCUCUGUGCGUUUGCCAAUGAUCCCCUUCAGUAAUUCCACGGUAAUCACAACAAUGGCCAGUGGUCACACAUUCAGCUCCAACACAAUAACCUCGGUAUUAGCUGGCAAAGCUAAUACAGCGACUGUAUCGAUCAAUACGCCCUCGGGCAUUCCCAAUUCCGCGAUUCCGAAUAUUCUGUCAACUAAACCUCAGCAUCAGUCUGCAACACCAGCGAGCAUCGUCACGUCAGCCAUUGUGCAUCCAACGAAUUCAACUCCAAUCAGUCACGGUCAGACGCACAGUACAAUUAUUUCCAAGUCUCCACUGGAAAUGGUGCAGAGUGUUGUUAGUAGUAUUCAAGUACCUCAGGCGAGUGCAAGCUCAACCGUGCCACAUCAUCAGACUCAUCAAACCCAGCAUCAUCAUCACCAACAGCAGCAGCAGCAUCAACAACAGCAACAACAACAACAACAUCAGCAGCAACAACAGCAACAGCAGCAGCAACAACAUCAGCAACAACAACAACAACAACAUCAGCAGCAACAACAACACCAGCAACAACAACAACAGUCGAAUGUCCAAGUUCACAAUGUAUUAACGUCAACAGGAAUGUUGAAGCACUCAGCUGCGUCAACCCUCCCCCCAGGUCACAUCUUAGUAUCCAGCGGUGGUCAACUGAUAAUGGCAAGUACUGGCACAGGAAUUAGUGGAGUCAUGGCUCCACCCCCUCCCAAGAUAAUCUCAAACGCCAGUUCAAUGCCUCCAUUGUCAGUCUCACCAAUGGUAACCAGUGUUACUGGGGCUGUCAGCCAAGUAAUACCCGCUGUUGGUGUAGCGCAACAGGUGAUUGGUCAACCCACUGUUCUCGUCAAUACUAUUCAAACGCCUGUGCUCAUUCAGCCAAGUGUUAUGACUAUGGAUGGAAUUGGACAGAACGUUCAAAUACCUCAUUUAACAGUUGCCACUGGCAACGUCCUCCAGAAUGCACAAUCAAUUAUCGAGGCGAAUCAGGAUGUGACUAGGACAGUUAGUACUAAUAGCAUUGUGAAUAGACAGCCGGCGCUGCUAUCACCGGAGACGGGGAUGAGCAAGAAGAAGGUCUACAAGAAACGAAAGAGUAAUACACAGACAGUGGCUUCUAUGCUGCAUAUUGCCUCGUCCCAACAGAACACGGGGAUGCUGAUGCAGUCUCAAUCGAACUUUGCUCAGCAGAACUUCCAGACGCAGAGUAUUGGGGGGCCAAUGCUCCAGGCGUUGACGAUAGUACCUGGGAAGGGUGGGGCACCUGCACAACUUGUGAUGAAUGGACAGGCUGGGGCCACAUCGCAGUUCAACACCCAACAAAUCAUCACCAAUCCACAACCAACGCAGCAGAUUAACCUCUUGCAACCGGUUAAUUUGCUGAAUGGCGCAACUGGGAUGGUCCAGAACUUUCCGACUAUCCAGCAGUUCAUUGUGCCAGGCUUGGGGAGCAUGGUGAUGUCUGCUGAUGGAACUGCGACUUUGCUGCAGGACACUGGCAACCUCGGGAUGCAGCUCCAGAUUCAGAAUGUCAAUGGUCAGAACGUUUUGACGCCGGUGCAGAGCCAUUCCAACAUCUUCAGUCCCAGCCAGAGUAUCCUCGCAGCUGGACCUGCAGGAAUGGUCAUCAGAGCGCCUCAAGCGGGGGGUGGCAAGAUCAUUCAGCAGCACAGUCCAGGCGCGCAGUUCCUCUCUCCAAACAGUGGACAGUUUCUCGUCAAUGGAACGACUUCUUUUGGGAAUCAGUUGAGUCCGAUUGUUGCUAAUGUCAGCCCCAAUCAGCAGGUGACCUUCAAUACAUCUCAAGUGAGGCCGACUAAUAUUCAGGGUCAACAGGAGUUCAUUCAGAUGAAUGGACAGACCCUCAUGGUCCCCUGCGCCACUGCACAGAAUUUAGCUGUCUCGUCGGCGUCAAACCAGCAGAAUACGACAUUUGUUCAACAGAAUACCACGAUUGUACAACAGCAGACGACCAUGGUCUCGAAUAAUCAGAUUCCAGAUUUUCAGACAGUCGCAACGAGCAAUGGAAAUGUCGAUCCGUCUCUGAGUCUCGAUCACAAUCAGUCGUACAUUCUGAGCGCUGGAAUGAUCCAGGGAAAGUCACCAACGUCACCAAAGAGCACUAUUAGUUCACCGUCGUCAGAACAGAGUAUCGAUCAACAAACGCAACAACAGCAUUCAGUGUCAACGCAAACAGCUGGGAAUCAAGCCAAUAUGGGACAGUCGGCAUUGAUGAGGCAAGGCUCACCACCGGAUACCACGACCCACAGUCCGGGUAAUAGUCAGAGGUCCAACAGUCCUGCUGUGGAUACUACGACCCAUGGGGCAGCUUCGCCUGCGCCGCCGAUUAGUGCUCGGCACCAUUCGUCAUCAACGCCCAUGGUCCACUGCAUCUCCAGCAGCGAGCCGGACUCGGGUGACAUUCAGGCCACAACAGACGAUUGGCGAAUCCAGGGCAUAGCCAAGGAAAUAACCCUGAAUCAGCCCGGUCUAAACGGCAAAACUUACGUUGAAUCAACCGUGACAACUGGGAUACAGAUUUAUACAACAGAGACAUUGAAGCAAACCGAGGGUGUCGUGAGUACGAUGAGAUGCGAGGGGAGGGAUCACAUUGGACGUGGAAUCAAACGAAAACUGGACUCCAUUCACUCGAUGCAUUCUACUCUGCAUGAAGACCACGAUGUAUCCGAGGCUCAGAGAGAUACCGGAAAUUGGAAACUCGAAGUUGGUGAGCUCGUUUGGGGUGCGGCACUGGGAAGUCCUGCUUGGCCAGGCAAAGUCGAGUCACUUGGGCCCCAAGGCACCUCGACAGUCUGGGUACGUUGGUACGGGAACGGGGGCGGUCUCACCCAGGUUGAUAUCAAGAAUCUCAAGUCCCUAUCCGAUGGUCUUGAGGCCCAUCAUCGAGCGAGAAAAAGAUUUAGGAAAAAUCGUAAACUGAAUAUGCAAUUGGAGAAUGCAAUUCAAGAAGCGAUGGCUGAGCUCGACAACACUAAAGACCGACAGCCCGUGCCGAGAAACAAACAGACCAUACCAGCCCUGAAAACAUCAAAAUCUGCAUCAACAUCCGACAACUCAAAGGCUAAAUCAGAGGUCAAACGGGCAUCCAAGAAGUUGACUGCGACGGAUUCGCAGAAAACGAUCCAAAAACAUUACCGCUGACGUUUUCAUCACGAAAGAAAAAUUGCUGAUGCAAUUGAAAGAAGAAACAUAAUUGAUAAUGACCAUUGUAGUUAAUAAUCGUCGCGCAAACACGCGGCGUAUCCUGUAUGAAAAAAAAAAUCGCAUUUCAGUGUAAAUGUGAGUGAAUCUGUACAUAAUUAAUGCCUAACUAUUGUAUAGGAGAGAAUUCCGUUCCCCACAAUGGAAUAAAAUACUCAUUAAUCAAAGAAAAACAUAAAAUCGAAUGGAAGAAAUCGUAAAUGUGCUGAGGAGAAAGGGUGGGGGGUAGAGUAUUUGUACAUACCAAUAUACAUGUAAUUGUAUACAUGCAAUAUUAUACAAUUGUAUGAUAUCGAUUGUAGAUGAUGUUGAAUUAACGAAAAUGAAAAAGAAACAGUGAUAUUAGAAUUCCUUUAGUAUCUCAAAAUUUUGACCAAUUUUAUGUAGACACUCUACGUCUUGGAGGUUCUUCUCAUAAUUGAAAAAAAUGUUUUAGCAAUAUUGAAUCAAUUUACAAAUAUAAAAUCAAUUCAAUCUAACGUCAAAAUGAAAUUAUUCAUCUUUUUAAGAAAAAUCAUCGGCCUGAUAUAAAUUUCUCAAAAUUUUGAUGCAAACGAAGAGUAGUUGACGUUCCUGAAAAACCUGAAGUCUUAAUUCGAAUGUUUUUGAUAAUAAUCGAGCAUAAUUAUUUGAUGAAUACAAUCAUUUCCAAAGACACCGAAAAAUCGUAUUUAUUCAUAGAUAUGCAAAUAAUAUUUUUAUCGUAGAGAAUUCUUUCUUGUGGCAUUUGUGAGUGUUUUUGGAUUUAUUGCAGUACCAGAAUUUCAUCUAACGAACACAAUCUUAAGUACAUUUCCAUAAUUGAAUUUAUAACUGACAUAUGAAGUUGCAAAUCCAUGAAUUGUUAAUUGAUAAUAAUCGUGAUAGUAAUAUCUUCAUUAUUAUAAAAAAAUAUGGAAUAUUUUAUCUUCAACCGCCCGAGUCUUGCCAGUGUUGUAACUGUACAUCUUCCCACAGUACAUUAUUUUCGAGGACAAUUAAUUGAAAAAAAAAAAUAUGAAUAAACUAUUUUUACACGCCUAAAAAUGUGUCAUACCGGUUUUAGAUUAUACGACGAUCAUCGACGACCAAUUUCUAUUACAUAUAACUCAUCAUUUGCGUCGCACAAUGUUUGACAUUCCUUUGUAGCACAUGUGUAUUUUCAUCAGACUCAGGUUUCAAUCAAUAGACGAACAAAACAAUUGUAAUCAAUGAAUUUAAUCAAACGAUCGAAAUAGUGACCAAAUCCGAAAAGUUGAGUCUUAAAGAAGAAAUUGGCAUUUACAAUCACUUGAAAAAAUUUCGAUGGUGCUAUUUAACGAAUUACUCUGAAUAGAAGCAUCCACUCUAAUUCCUCACAUACUAAUGGUGUCUUCAAACACCUUCGCUUACACCAACAUAUGACGGACAAUAAAUGACCUACUAAUAUCAAAUACUGGAAACAAAUUAAAAUUUACUGAAAGAGCAAAACAGAUUAUGUUUUUCACCGAUUUAGCGCCGCAACGAGAAUACAUGGAUCGUUUAACUAAAUCUCCUGUGCUUGUAAAUAAUUGAAUAAUGAGAUAAUUGUUGUGACAUUAUAUACAAUUGAAGUAAUCAAAAAAGCUACCGGUAAAAAAAAAUCACUAAAUUUAUAUUCAUCACGUUUGCAAAUUUGCAUAAUACUCCGAGGAUCAUAAAAUAAACUGGUGAAUCUCAAUUUGCAUAAUCAUAGACUCUGGUUCCAUAACAACAUACCAAUUUAUUAUCAUUAUUACGGAUCGUUCACAUAUCGCCGGGGAAAGAACUGAAUGCUGCACCAUUUUUAAACGUGACAUCCGGCCAGCCUUGCUGUACAAAUUGACAUUGUUAUCAUUACUUGAGUAACUCCAUUCUUAAUACGUUCUUAUGCCCACGUGAAACACUGUAAAAAUUCAAUUUUAAUUUUGAAAAACCAUGUAAGCACGAUGUGAUGAAGUAUACUCUUUAAAUAACCGGAGGAACUAUUAAAAAUGAAUGAGUACAUUACCUCAUAGACACCUAUACCAGAAUCAAACGUCUUGAAUUUUAAAUAAAAAAAAUAAAUAAAAACGGUAACAUAGGAAGAAAUCUGUAAUACUGACAACUAUGUAUAUUUUUCUUUACUGUAAAUAGAAUGUAAUACGCCUUAAUGAUAGCGACAUUGUACGAUUUUAACGUCGAUGUUUUUAAACUGCAGAUUUUAUAAUGACCGUGAGAAAAAUAAACAAACAUAACAGAACAACUCCUCAUAUAAAGCCGAGUGUUUUUAAAAUAAAAAAAAAUUCUUUGAAAUAUAUGACAUUUAUUGAUAAUAAAUCAUCAUCAAAAAUAAUGUAUGUCGCGGAAUUGGGGAGUUUUUUUGAAUGAAAUGUAGUUUGAUAUUAUUGAUUUACAACAGUAAUCGUAAGGGAGUGCAUAAUAUAGAAAUGAAACAUUGAUUAAAUCUGCCAGUGCAAUUUUUUUCGUUCUCAUUAGAAUCAACGAAUGGGCUCCAAUUCCGACGACUGGGAAACAAUAGAUUCCUAAAAAGCAGCCACCACUUGAAUUGCUCUGGUGAUGUCCACAAAUGAAUUAUUCCAUAAAAAUAUUGUUUUGUAAUAACAUUAAUAUUCACAUUGAAAAUUAUAGAGAAGAUCAUUGAAAUAGAUGUCCAAUGAAACAAAUACUGAAAGAAAAUCUCAGCCAAUUAUAAGUGGUGGUUCUACAUGUUAAGAAGCUUCUUCCUCGAUGAAUAAAUAUAAAAUGACAGAUCUAAAGAAAAAUUGAUUAAUUUGUAGGGCAAACAUUUUACAGUGAAGGCAUUAGAAAUAAUCGUAGAAUCAUGACAAAAAGUGAAGAUGAUUUUUUUUUCAGUGUAAAAUAUACAGAGUUCAGAUUCAAAACUAAUUAUACAUAUGAAUAUCAACUAUCGGUGGUGUAACAAACUAAAAGAUGAUAAUUUUAUAUUUACAUGUAGACGACAGAAUGAAAAAUCGUUAAAUUAUAAUGAGUGUAUGAUUACUGCUGUAAUAUGAAGAAAAAGAUAAACCCCCACCCCCUAAACUUGGUUCUUAGUUGAAAUAGCCAGAAGGGAGAACAGCUACCUUAUUUAAUAUUGACUUUAAGAUAUACAGCAUAAAAUAAAACAAAAGUAAAUAAAUAAAUAGGAGUCGGUGAAGUGCAAAUUGCAUUUUAACUAGACUAAAAAAAGUAUGAAGCUAUGUGAUCCACUACUACUAGUAGCUUUUAGCUGUAAAGACUUAUACUUUAUUUUGUAAAUUUUGUUUAUACAAUGUUUGAUCGUUCACGCAUGAUACUAUUGUAUGUGAAAAUAAGUUAAUAAAUCAUUAACACGUGAAGUUAAA